UCACUGCGUCGCUGUUGAUAAUUGCUAAGCAGUGAACGACAAGGAUGUAUGUAUAUGUACGUUUCGUCUUUCAGUUGACUUUCAUCGUCGUUUUGUAGUGAACGUUUCGCAUGAGUAUCGAUAGGAAAUUGCAUUACUCUAUUAGCUGCGUAAUAACACUGGAGCACGUUAUUGUUAACAAAUGUUAUAUUGAAAAUACGUAAACAGUGAUUUAUUUACGAGAGAGACAUUCUUUGGAUUGCUGGUGUUUUUCUGAAAACAACAUCGCGACGCGUUAAGCGUGGCGCAAUGCAGUGUGUGUUUGGAUGCAGAUAUAACAAACUGUGGUCUUUAAAUUCGGUUGUAAAAUCUGAAUUUUUCGUUGAUAGUGGUGGCUGUGUACCGUUUUUGUGGUAGCUAUGCUGCCCAUGUUGCAAACCGAACCUGUGCUAUUCAAAAGUGCUAGCUCUGCCGAUGGAGUUCCUCCAUCGGCAACAUUACCGCCGUCGCUCACGCCAGACUCCGAGUUUGAAGGAUUAGUGGAUAUAUUUUUUGAUAUCGGAGUGGCAGUAAAUACAUGUUCAAGAGCCGAAUCCUGUGACCUCCAACCGGGAGACACAUGGAGGGGGAUGCAGGGCGAGAUGAGCGUGACGCCGGUUAAGAAGAUCAGAAAAAAAUCAGACGUUAAGCCUCAGUCCCAACAAAACAAGUGUCACAACGAGAAACGACGCCGGGAACUCGAAAACGAAGUAAUCAACCAGCUAGAGGAGCUCCUGGGCACGUGCCUGGCGGAGGUGAAGCAGCCCGACAAGAACGGCAUCGUGCGCGAGGCCACCCGCCAGAUCGAGGACGUGCUGCAGCGCCGCCGCGACUGCCCCGGCGACUGCCCGCUGCGCGCCAAAUGCCUGUCCCCCGUGCAGACCGGCGAAGUCAGCUCCACGCAGCACCCGCCCGCUGCCGGCUUACAGUACUCGGAGAUAAGCACUCUUAUUGAGGCGAUCAAACAUUAUACUAGCGUCCUCGGCCUAGUAUUAAUGGAAAUUAACUCGAAGGGGGAGAUAGAAUGCGUGACAGAGAACAUAAAAGAUCUUAUACUAGCUGAACGAACGGAGCUGUACAAGAAAUCUAUAUUUACGUUGCUGCAUUCGGAGGACCACUCGAAAAUUAAACCCCUACUAAGAAAUAUACAAAAUUUCUCCUGGAGCUCGGGGGAUACGGACAAAUCGCAGUAUAUCCGAGCUCGGCUCCUGCUGAAGGACGCCCAUGUCACCGAUGGUGCCAGGUUUGUGGACACAGUGAUCCACGCUGCGCCUGUCCGCGGCUCGUCUACGGAGGAGGCCGGCUCCGUCAUGUGCGUCAUUCGGCGCUGUGAGUCGGCCGCUAUCUCCAACGACGGUAGACCAACUAUCGUCUUCAGACUGGACUGCAACUUCAACAUUCUAUCUUGUGAUUUGUCAGGAGUCGAAAACUGUAUAACUUCACCUCUAUCGUUAGUGGGGACUCGUUACUUAGACCUGAUAGAAGGUAGUGAUCGUACUCGCGUUUCUACCCAUCUCCAGGAGGUUGUGCUCCGACCCGGGUCUCUAGUGAUCAGCGAGCCCUACUGCUUGCGAUUGGCUCAGGAUUCGAUUCGCAUUCGAGUCAGCACUCAAUCGAGACUCUUCCCGACCGCCGGGGAGCCGGACUUCAUCAUGUCCACCAAUACGGUGCUCAGCGACGAUGACGUGGAGCUGCUCGACCCGACCCAGGCCCGGCCGGCGCUGGGCGGGCCCCUCAUGACGUCCGUCGCCAACGGCGAGACCUCCGCCCCGCAGCCCCGAUACCGAUCGCCGAUGAGCCCCGCGGACCCCACCUUCUCUAUAAACGACUUCGACCUGGAGUCCUGGGGCGGGUCCUUUCAGAUCGGCGAUCUCCCGUCGGAGGAUACUAAGGAGCGAAAAGACACCGGCGAGGAGUCGAUGCCCCACCGGCAGAACUCUGUAAACUCCGAGACGCCGCCGCCGCCACCCGCGCCGCUUGCGCCGCCCGCGCACGAGGAGCCGAACAAGCUGCGCGAUCUUCUCAUCAAGAAGAGGGUGUCGGCGACGGAGAUGGCGGCCAACUCCAAUAAUAACAUUCUGAGAAUCCUGCUAAACGAGGAGGAUGAGGAGGCGACGAGCAGCGAGACGUCGGCGCCGCACACGCCGCACACCCCUCACACCCCCCACACGCCGCACACGCCCGCGUCCGCGCUGUCGCCGCUGCACAGUGCGCAGGCGCACGCGCGCGCGCCGCCGCCGCACCUGCCGCAUCCGCCCGGCGCCGCCGGAGCCGCUGCAGCUCUGCACCAGCCGCAACAUCACAACAACCAAAUGAUGCAGACGAGUAAAUCGGACGAGGACAACGAUGACAGUCGGCGAAAUCAAACGAGCGCUCUACGAGUUCUUCUAUCGACCACUAACGGACCCUCGAACAAUGGUCGCUCGCAGGAGGGAAACGACAUGUAUAUGGAGAGAAUGACUGGAAUGAAACGUAAAUUUGAGGAUCCGAAAACUCCUCAAAACGCUAAGAGAGCUACGCCCGAAAAUCAGCAGGUCUCGUCGAGUGCGGUCGCUACGGUGUCCUCGGUGGCGUCUUCGAACGCCAAUAGCCCGGCGACGAGCAGCAGUGCGGGCAUGAGCAAGCUGUGCCAGAAGAACCAGAUCCUCGUGUCGUUGCUCGCCAAGCAGCAGUCCGCGCCGCCUCCGCCACUGCCCAUCGCCAACCCCAUGAUGCGCCCCUACCUGCCGCGCGUGCGGCCCUCGCCGCUGCCGCAGCACGCGCAGCACUCCCAGCUGUCGCAGCACGCGCAACAUCCGCAACACGCGCAGCACCCGCAACACCAGCAACACACGCAACACCCGCAACACCCGCAACACCCGCAGCAUCCGCAACACUCGCACGUGCCCAGACAUCAUCAGACGCUCUCUACUAUACUCACAACGAAUAGUAAUCGGGGCAACGUGAACGGCGGGAACUCUGCGCCGGCUACGAACGAGGGCGUGGGCUCGGGCGUGGGCCAGGGAGUGGGCCAGGGCGUGAGCCAAGGAGUGGGCCAGGGUGUGGGCCAGGGCGUGGGCCAGGGUGUGCACAGCCACCUGCAGAUGGUGCUGCAGGGUGCGCGCGGGCCGUACGGGCCGACCGCCUCCAUGCACUACCCUACCACGCCCGCACAUCACACGUACACCACCCUCGCUCAAACUGGUACCAGUAGUCGGACACAAAAUAGCACGAGUGGUGGAGGCGACAGCGAGGUGCCCAGUGACCAAGCGCUGUCGGAUAUUUUGGACGAAGUCAUUGAGAAUAUGCCCUACAACGACCGACCCACGCCCGAAGAUAGUGUGCUUAUGGACUUGGAACGGAGUAGGCAAAUGCGCUCGGAUUAUGCGGGAGAGGAGAAAAAUGCCGUCAUCAACGCGAUAACGCAGAGUCUCAUGCAGUGUGAGACUGUUACAAAAACCCCAGUCGCCUCUAGUCCUGGUCCUGGAGCGCCACCGGUUUAUCCAGUACAAAGUCCGAGCGUAAACAUGGGCAGCAGCGGCGGCGGUAUGUACGCGCUGGGCGAAGCGGCACGAGCGCGGGCCAUCGCCGAGCAGCGCAAUCGCCUACUGCAGAUGCAGCGCUCGCAGCAGCUGCUUGUGUCGCCUGAGGCGGCCGAGCAGCCUCAAGCGGACCUAGGUUCGACGAUAAAUGCGCUUGUUUCUGGAACUCCGCCUAAUGUAGCUUUAACGAGAACAGACUACCAUACUUUGUACCAAAACAAUCAAAUGGGUACAAAUUAUGGUUCUAAUAAAAUCACAACAUCGCAACAGAAUCCAAUGUUGAGUCGACAACUCUCUGGCUCAGUGUCGAGCGCGGGGUCAGGCGCGAGCGUGAGCGGAGCGGGCGCGACGGGCGCUGCGGGUCCGAAUGCGGGCGCGUACGCUGCGGCGCUGCACACGCCCCUCGCGCAGCCGCCAUAUCAACGCGCGCCCAGACCGCACCUAGUGGGCGGCUAUUACGAGGAGGGCGAGGCGGGCGCGGGCGCGUACUGCGGCGAGUUCGCGCGCCGCCCGCUGCCCGCGCCCCUCGCGCCGCACGCGCCGCACCCUGCGCACGCCCCGCCCAUCGACCUACAGCUGUCAUGCAGCGGCAGCGGCGUGGCCGGCGGCGUGGCCGGCGGCGGCGGGGUAGGCGGGAUCGGCGGGGUCGGCGCGGGCGCGGCGGGCGGCACCUCCGAGUACGUGCGCAACGAGCUGCGCGCGGUGGUCGGCGCGCGCUCCGCCCGGCCCGACAUGCACAUGCACGCGCCAGAGUUCGACUCGCUCAUGAACUUUGACAACUCCGCACCCGAGUACUACGGAGGCGGGCACGGCGGGCACGGCGCGCACGGCGGCCGGUGAUGAGACGCAGGCGAGCGGCGCGGCGAGCGGAGUGGCGGGCGGCGCGGC